CGCACUGGUGAGACUUUCGACUCCACUAAAUUUCCUUUUCUUGCAGGUGAAGCUCACGUCUCCCGGCCGCGAAAGCGGGAAAUAGACUAAUUAAUUUUCCUUGCACGGAGGUUUUACGUUUUCCUGCCACGAAGGCGGGAAAUCCGCAGCGUAAUAAAAUGGGCUCCUCCUGUAACUGCUCCGUGUGCGAGUGCGUCACUGCGUCCAGCGUCCACUUCGGUGUGCGUGACUGCGCAUUUUCCUCGCGGCAUCUUCUCCGUCCCGCCCGCGGGAGGCAGCACCUGCCCGCCUCUGUUCGACGGAAUGGCACAGUGGGACGCGCUCGUGGACGCCGCGCUCGCGAGGCUGCAGUCCAUGAACCUCCUGCGCGCCACGCGUCCAAUCGCCCUCGCGCCACCGCCUGCGCCGCCUGAAACCUUCGACGGCCCCGGCCCAUGGGACCGCGCCGCCGUCGAGAUCCGGCUCGACGACGCAACCCUCCUCCAAUGGCUCGCGGAAGGUGGUGAGGCGGAUUGUCAAGAGGAGAUGGCUGAGAAGCUCAUCCUGUUCUCCGGGAAUGAUUACAUGGGCCUCAGCUCUCAUCCUGCAAUCCGCAAGGCUGCAGUGAAGGCAGCUCAAGAGUACGGCAUGGGGCCGAGGGGCUCUGCCUUGAUAUGUGGCUAUACUACUUAUCACAAAUUGGUAGAAGAAUCUUUGGCAGAGUUGAAGAAAAAGGAGGUCCAGUAUUGCAUUUUAAUUUAUGAUUGCCUUCUUUGCCCUACAGGAUUUUCUGCCAACAUGGCUGUGAUGACUGCUCUGGGAAGCGUAAGCUCUCUUUUGUCUGUUGGGAGAAAACCUGCAGAGGUUGAGAGAAUCGCAGUUUUCUCGGAUGCUCUCAACCAUGCUUCUAUCAUCGAUGGAAUUCGUCUUGUUGAACGACAGCAGGAAGUAGUAGCAUUUGUCUACAGGCACUGUGACAUGCAUCAUCUUGAUUUCCUACUAUUACAUAUUUUCAUGUGCAGGUCUAGUUGCUCUACGGAAAAGAAGGUUGUUGUCACAGACAGCCUGUUCAGCAUGGAUGGUGAUUUUGCUCCGUUACCUGAACUUGUCGAAUUACGCAGAAAGUAUGGUUUUCUGUUGGUCAUCGAUGAUGCACAUGGAACACUUGUUUGCGGCAAGAAUGGUGGUGGUGCACCGGAGCUGUUUGGAUGCGAAAAUGACAUUGACAUAAGUGUUGGUACCCUAAGUAAGGCUGCUGGCUGCCAGGGUGGUUUUAUAGUAUGCAGCAACCGAUGGAAGAGGCUAAUUCAAUCGCGUGGCCGCUCAUUCAUAUUUUCAACUGCUUUGCCAGUGCCGGUAGUUGCCUCUGUGCAUGCGGCUCUCCAUGUCUCAAGGAAAGAGAGAUGGCGGAGAUCAGUGAUCUGGAGGCAUGUGCAGUAUUUUGCUUCUUUGACCAAACUCAAGAUAACUAGUCCCAUAAUUUCCGUAGUAGUUGGAAGUGAAGAAGCAGCACUUAGGGCUGGCAGGCAUAUGCUAAGAUCUGGGUUUCAUGUUACACCAAUUCGACCACCCACGGUACCACAAAACUCGUGCAGGUUGCGAAUAACUCUCAGUGCUUCUCAUUCCUCGGAUGACAUCAAAAGGCUGGUCGAUGCUCUGUCACCCUGGCUCCCUGACAAACAUGCUGAGCAGACGUGUGUUAUGGCGGCAAAACUUUAAUCCGUCGGAGAAUUCAGUUUCAAUCUGUAGGAAGUACACACUUGCUUGUGCCUUGCUGGUUGAUAUGAUGAAAUGGGGAUAAGUUGAUUCUGGUUAACACGGUUAUUUGCAUACAUUCAUUUAUUUGUACGAUUGCAUCACGGCACAACGUAUAUGAUCUCCUGGUGCCCUAUAAAUUGGAUAAAGGAAGUUAAAGUUAUUCAUUUUGCCUUUGCUAUUUAUUAAAAAUGAGUCGGAAAAUUGACCGAUUAAUAUUACCUUCCCGUCGUGUUUGGUCAUUUGGAGUCUUGGAGAUUACACGACAUGAAUCCAUCCUACACACUACACUAGCGCAACAUCAUGAAGUUGUGGAAAUGUGGAGCCAGAUAAUAAAUCAUGUGAUCUUACACUGCUCAGUAAAAAGCAUCGCUGUGCCCGUAGGC